AUGAGGCUGUCAGCAUUAUUUGUGCUUACAGCCAGCACUUUGGCGGCUUGUCAGAGCCCGAGCAGUUGCAAAGGCGGCGGCAAAAGAAAUGGUGCGGAUUUUGUCCUUACUGAUCAAGGUGUAAACAAGCACCUAGCUCCCCUUUCAAAAAUAUUCACCAACGCCAAGAAGCGAGUCAAUGUGUCCGACGUUUUCGACGAUGGAAACCACGCCAUGACUGGAUCAUCAACCAAACUGUCUUGGGAGAAGACCAAGGAUUACAAUGACGUUGAUACAAAGAAGUGGUAUCCCCAAGGGAUUUCGUCGACGGCCGAUGCAGCCGAAGUUGGAACAUAUGACGGCAAAGACGGCUGGUUGGUGAGCUGGUACAGUGAUGAAAUUCAUCAAGUGCGUAUCUCUUUUGUAAACAAAGCCACAAAGAAAUACCGCAAUGCACUCCUUGUCUAUCCCUCAGCCGAUGACGACUUCAAGGGUGUCGGAAUACAUGCAGGCGGCAUCAUGUGGUACGGAGACACUCUCUGGGUAGUUGACACGUCGAAUGGCAUUCGAGUGUUUGACAUGAGCAAUAUUUGGGAGGUUGGGUCUGGCGACAAAGUCGGCAAAGUCAGUGCUGGCAAAUAUUCCGCUGCUGGUUACAAAUACGUUAUUCCUCAGAUCCGGUGGUAUAAAUGGACUCCGUCUUUCCCAUUCCGGUUCUCUUAUAUCUCUCUGGAUCGCACGGCCUCUCCUGACCGUCUUAUGGUUGGGGAGUAUCAGCCAGAUGAGAAGAAUCCCAUCCGCAUGGUACAGUUCGAGCUGGACUACACAACUCGCACUCUGAAAACCGGCGCGGACAAGAAGACAGCCAAGGGUGUCUGGGCGUACUGUUACGACAUUCUGCGAACUCAAGGUGCUGUCCAAGCUAAUGGAAAGAUUUACGUCUCACGAAGCAACGGCGCCAAUACGAACGGAGACAUCUGGGGAUGGGUCCCCGGAAAAGGCGCGGCGCUUAACAAGGGGAUGGUUCCUCCUGGCACUGAGGACUUGAGCUACGACAAGAGAGGCAAAAAAGUGUACACUGUCACGGAACAUCCGGGAAAGAGAUAUAUUGUUACUUUUGACUCGACCAAGGUGAAAUUUCCUUGA